CCUACUCCCUUACAGUCAGCCAUGUAGCUGGUAAACAUCCUCCUUCCACCUGGAAAAAGGAAUGGGGCCCCAGUUUUAGGGCCUUGAGAGGCGCUUUUCUGACACCGUCUUUCCAGGACAAUGAGACCUUUUUCCGUUUUAGCUACACUCGGUGGCGGCGGAAACUGUCCCAUUCCUGCACUAGGUCUGAAAGCCAUCCUCCGCCCCCGGGGCGAUGCCCUGUGACGUCACUGCGAGGCGCCGGGGAGCCGGCGACUGUGAGUACACCAUGACAGCAGCUCCUGACAAUACCCGCCCUCCCAGCUUCUGGAUGUCCCUUCAGGUCUUGUGGUCUUAGCUGUAAAAGGCGAAGGGCGUAGGGUCGUUUCUGAUCCCACAGUAUGGAGGAAGGGAGAGGCGAUAACUUCGACGGUGUGAGCACCUACCGCCUUAUAAUGGAGUUACUGGAAGAAAUCCAUUUGAAGGAUAUAGUGCAACUAUCAAUGCUUGAAAUAAGACACAAGAUAGCGGAACUGGAAGCCAAACUCCAUACUGAUGAUGAAGGUGGUGAAUGGAAAGUUCGUUAUGAGACACAACUUGAACUGAAUGAUCAAUUAGAAAAGCAAAUUGUUUCUCUAGAAGAUAAAAUGGAAAUCCAUGGAAAUUCUCCAGAUAGAUUGUCUUGUGUUUAUGAACAAAUGCCAGUGGAAUACUUAAAUACAUUACUUAAACAGCUAGAAAAAGAGAAAAGAAGGCUUGAAAAUCAAGUGAAAGACUGUGCACUCAGACUGGAACAAGAAUCAAGGGCUUACCGCAAGACCAACGAUGAGCGCUGUAGGUACCUAGCUGAAAUGUCUUGGGUCUCUGACUCAUACCAAGUUUUUAAAAGGAAACAGAUGGAUCAACUGCCUAGAAUGAAAGAGAAUCUAGUGAAAAUGGGAAGAUAUAAACCAGUUACAAAGACAAUGAAUGCCAAGAGAGGACCAGUAAAAAAGAUUACAAGAUCAAACCAUCUUCCAAAACUCAAUCUCUGCGGACGACGAGCCAUCAGUGCGGCGGAGCGGGCGGCCAGGACGCGGCGGCUUGGCCGAGUUUCUCCUGCGUUGAGGCUGCCCCAGGACCCGGCACGUGGGCAACGGGCCAUGGCGGCCUCAAUUAUCCGCCCAGAGCGCGGCCAAAUCCCUGGCCAGGCAAAAAUAGACCUCUUGUUAGUUGGAGACCUCACUGUUCAGUACCUGGCAGAUAUUGCACAGAAAUCCUUUUCAAAUAUUGCAAAAGUCACCAUAACCAUCAGGAAUGUGGGGCAGGCAGCCGCACUGCUGAAGGACCGCCCAUUUGACAUGGUUUUCCUGAGGAUGACUUCUUUGCCAACAGCCGAGUUGCUGGGAGCUAUCAAAUUAAUUAGAUUUGGCAAGAAGAAAAAUACACGUUUGCUGUUUGUUUUUAUCACCCCUGAAAAUUUUAAAGGUUGUGUUUCAGGGCACGGAGCUGACAUUACUCUAAAUGAACCAAUGACCAUCGAGAAAAUGAGUAUUGUGGUAAAGUACUGGAAAACCUAUUUCUCAAAUACUGCUAAGAUUGAAUAUUCUGUAAAGCCUGAAGAACCAGGAUUGCCCCUGCAGAAGUCCUGCAGUGAACAAUUGGGAUAUUUUUCUACUGAUCUAUUUGCUUGCUCUGGAUCCCUAAGAAAUGACUUUGGGCUUGAAUUAAAGGCUCCGUUGCCAGAUUUUGAAAAAAACAAAAAGAUUUCUCUUCUUCAUUCAAGCAAGGAAAAGCUAAGAAGAGAACGAAUCAAGUAUUGCUGUGAGCAGCUGCGUACUCUGUUGCCGUAUGUAAAGGGAAGAAAGAAUGACUCGGCUUCGAUUCUUGAGGCAACAGUUGAUUAUGUGAAGUACAUCCGGGAGAAAAUCCCCCCAGCCGUUAUGGGCCAGAUUACGGACGUACUUCAGAGCAAUCGGAGGUUUUGUAAGAAGCAGCAGAUGUCCCUCCAGCUGUCCCUCCCAGGCACGAUCACAGCACAAAGGGAAAAUGGUGUGUUGACAAGCACUUAUUCACCUGUGAGAGGGAUCAGAUUCCUGACUAAUAAGUGCUUGAAUGUGUACUCUGUUCCUGCCUCAGGGGGCUCCUUGGAUGAAGCAGUGAGAGGUCAGUCCAGCUCCACUUCAGAGAAUGCAAUUGGUGACGUGUACAAAACUCGAAUUCCCAGCAAAGCCCUCUCCCUUAAUUCCUUCCAUGCUGUCAGAUACUAUUCUAAAGUCAUCCCUUCCUAUGAUGCAGCUGCUGUAACGAAUCAGAACAUUUCAGUUCAUUUUCCAUCAGCUGUGCCCAGAGUCUCCAAGUUUCUUCCUCAGCAUUGCAAUGCUGUGCGGGGCCAGACGUGCACCACACAUCCCAACUGUCUGCAACAGUUUUGGGCAUAUUAAUAGCACAUGUUUGAAAUUCACACUCUAGACCACCUGUUGGGUGCAGUUUGACCGUACAGGAAGAACGGAACAAAGAAAGAUCUUGAAAGCUACACCCAGAGACCUAAUAUCAAAAGCACUGUAAGGCUUCUGAUAAAUGUGCUAAAAGCUUCUGCAGACAGAUAGCAAAAGUGCUAGCCACCCGCUUUCACUGAUCUUCAUAUGUACUUGGAUCUCCCCAGCCAGAGCACUACAAGAACAAAUGGCCUGGUGACCUAGACUUUUUUUUCCUCCAAAAAGAUGCCACAAUUUAUGAUCCACUUGAUAAAAUGAGAAGAUUAGGGAAAUGCUUUGAUACUCCGGCAUCCCCGAGUAUAGAUGUUGCAACCUGAUCCUUAUUUUUAGUAUCACUGUGAAUUACUGUCGCACAUUUCUAGGUGGUAUCUUUCUAGAUUUGACAUUUUAGAGAGCUCCCUUUGUUAUUCACCAUCCAAACUAAAAUAGUUUGAGAGAGGAGUUUACCUCCUUACUUGACUCCUAAUGAGUAAAUUGACGUGUUUGUUUCUAUAUUUCACAAUUCCAUGAGUGAAAUCAUAGCUAAUAGGUAGAUUUUGCUUCCUGGAUCUUCAGUUACAGCCUAACAGGCUUUUCUUUGUUUUUCAUCUCUUCCUCCUACCAUCAUUAGAAAAGACCGCUGAAAAUAGGGGAGAAAAAUAUUUGUUUUACAUUUCACUGAAAUGUUCUUAUGCACAAUUUAAGUUUUAUUGUUAAAGAAAAUACUCAGUUUUGACCCUGAAAAUAAUAAUCUUUCUUUGUUUUGUUUAGAAAUAUGUGUUCCCUCUUUUAGUAGUACAGUGUAGGGACUUUAAUUUUACUUUUUGAAAAGUAAGUAAGAUUUUUGAAAAGUUUAAAAAUUCCUUUAGGCAUAGCAUAAUUUUUAUGUUAAAUUGUACAACUUUUCUUUGGAGAUGCCAUGAUGAUGGAAGCUGUAGAUGUUUGACAACUUUAUAAAGGAACUAAAAGUUUCCAACUAAGAUUGUACGCUUAUUAUUACAAAUGUGUGGUCGACCCACUUGCUUUUAGGAGUGAUUGCUUUGAU